GUGGUGCCGCGUGCGCGCGUGACGCUCGGUUCUCCGGUGCCGAGAUAGCUGCAGUAACUUCAUGACUGCGCAGGUGAGCGUCAUCUACUUUGGUCAGAGUGCCGAGCUGACUGGGCUGAAGGGGGAGGAGCUUGUUUCUGUUCCAACGCCCAUCAGCAGCAGGGAACUGUGGGAGCUGCUGCAGCAGAGACAUCCCCGGCUAGCAGUGCUGCGUGGUCACGUGGUCUUGGCGGUGGCUCAACAGUACAUUCCCAUUGCGGAGCAGCUGGUGGUUCUGAGGGACGGAGACGAGGUGGCCGUGGUUCCUCCGCUCAGCGGCGGGUAGGCAGGAAUGUCCCAGCAGGAGGACGCGGUCAGGCUGAGCCGGGAUCCUCUGUCCGUGCAGGAGGUGGUGGAUGCUGUGAGCAGCUCCUCCUGUGGAGCCGUUUCCGUCUUCGUCGGAACGACCCGGGAGGACGAGGUGGAGGGCAGGAGGGUGGUGGGACUGCACUACGAGGCGUACGAGUCCAUGGUCCAAUCAGAGUUCACCAAGCUCUGUGCUGAGCUGCGGGGGUGCUGGCCCAGCGUGAAGCACAUCUGCGUCCACCACCGGCUGGGGUGGGUGAAGGUGGGCGAGGCCAGCGUCGCCAUGGCAGUUUCAUCUCCGCACCGCCACGACGGCCAGCAGGCCAUCCAGCACUGCAUCAGCCAGCUGAAGGCCCGGAUGCCCAUAUGGAAGAAGGAGGUCUACAACACCCAGGAGGAGAGCUGGAAGGAGAACCUGGAGUGUCCGUGGUCCAGCACCGCCCAGCUGCUGACGGAUGGAUGUGACAAAGAAAACUGAAGCUUGUGAUCCAACUGAAGGGGGCGCCAGUUAGCUGCUACCCGCAGAGCAACUGACUUCAUUUAAUCAUUUGUUUUUCUUCCUGAAAUAAUCUGUUGUAAUUGUUGAAGCGUCACCGUGUUCUCAGUCUGCAGGACGUCCUGCUUCCUGAAGGAACUCAGAUUGUCCAUGACGACCGCGGUCUCUGGUUCCUGAUCCAGUUCAGUUUCGGUUGCUCAACCCCAGCAGGUGUUAUGACACACACUGACAGGUGUGGCUGUUUACCACGAAGUCUGACGCACCUGAGCAAAGCAACCAGUUUCCACCGUUGUCACGUGACUCAACACAGCUGCACCUUCAGCAGCGGGAACUUCCCUGUUCUGAGCGACAAUCGGCUCAUCCAAAUGAUCAGAACUGGAUCCACAGUAAAUAAAGGGUAUUUUCAGCUUU